CUUCAUCAACACCAACCACUGCCCAACUCACAUCACAAUCAUGGCUCUCUCACAAGCUGCUUACCAGGCGGAAAAGCUGCUCGGACAUCGCGAUAAUGCGACGACUGAACAGGAUAUCACGAACCCAGGCCAGGACCGUGCGAAAUAUGGCCACCCAACUGAGACCAUGCAAGCUCUUGUCUGGCAGGGGAAGAACAGUGUUGAAGUUGCCACCGUCCCUCGUCCCAUCGUCGUUGAAGACCGCGAUGUUAUCGUCAAGGUCACUGGCAGCACAGUCUGCGGCUCCGAUCUUCAUCUCCUUCACGGCACAGUCGUGGAAAUGCGCAAAGGUGACAUUCUGGGCCACGAAUUCUGCGGCAUCGUCGACGAGAUGGGUUCCGCUGUCACUGGUCUGAAGAAGGGCGAUCGUGUGGUGGCUUCUUUCCAGAUCGCAUGUGGAGAUUGCAUGUAUUGCAAGAAGAAGCUGUCGUCUCAGUGUGAGAAGACGAAUAGCAAUACGAUUGAGCAUGGGAUGUAUGGUGGUAACACGGCCGGUAUGUUCGGGUACAGCCAUUUCACAGGUGGAUUCGCCGGCGGCCAAGCAGAGUACACUCGCGUACCCUACGGCGACGUCAACCUCUUGAAGCUCCCCGACGAUGUUCCCGACGAAAAGGGUCUCUUCCUCUCCGACGUCGUCUCAACAAGCUGGAACUGCGUCGUUGAUACCGGCGUCAAGGAGGGCGAUGUCGUAGCUGUCUGGGGCGCCGGUCCAAUCGGCCAAAUGGCAGCCGACUUUGCCUGGAUCAACGGUGCUAGCCGGGUCAUUGUCAUCGACUGCAACUGGAGACUGGAUUACGUCAAGAAGCAGUACCCGAAAUGCGAGACGGUCGACUUCUCAGAGCUCAAGGGCACGAAAGCCGUGGUCACAAAACUCAAGGAGAUGUGCGGCGGUCAUGGGCCUGAUGUCGCGCUCGAGUGCGUGGCUGGCGAGUACCCCAAGGGAUGGUUCCAUGCUGUGCAACUCGCCGCCGGAUUGGAGACGGAUACGUCGGAGAUUCUGAACGAAAUGAUCGAGUCCGUGAAGAACUACGGCCGAGUCGGAAUCACGGGUGUGUACGUCGGCUACACCAACAACUUCAACAUCGGUAGCAUCAUGGAGCGAGGCAUUCGAUUCAUCGGCAAUGGCCAAGCGCCGGUGCACUACUACUGGGAGGACCUGUUGAAGAGGAUCCAAAAGGGCGAGAUUGAUCCAUUGAAGAUGGUGACGCACCGUGUCAGCAUGGACGAUAUGGCCAAGGUGUACUACAAGUUCGAUAAGAAGGAGGAUGGCAUGCAGAAGGUGUAUGUUGAGACGAAGUUCUCGGCGCCGCCUUGCGCUGGAAGUCCGGCGCUGACGAGAUAUUGAGUGGGAGGAUGAUGAGAGAUGGUUUUCUCAGAGGUCAGUAGAGAUAGCCUCGAUAAUGAAAUGAACGCAUGAUAGACG